AUGAACUCGGAGGCUAAGCUGUCUGAUUCGUGUCGCUCUGGGAGCUUGAAUGGAGAAGCGGCCUCCAACUCAGAUGGCAAUGAUUUCUCCAAACAGAUUCUUAAUUACAUAAGCAGCAUGCUUAUGGAAGAAAACAUGGAGGACAAACUCUGCUUGUUCUUUGAUCCGUCGCUUCUACGAGCCACCGAGAAAUCAUUGCACAAUGUUAUUAUUCUCGGCAACAAACAUCCUGCUUUACCUAAUCAAGCCGCAAUAUUUGUUUGCCAAGUUGCUCAGAGCCUAAACGUUCUUUCUCCAAGAACAGGCCGUGAUUGCAGCAGAAGCAACAGAACCGACAACAUUGGUUGCACCGACAAUUCUAGGGAGCAACAGAAGCUUGCAGACGACCGACAGAACAAUCGCUCUUCAUUUCUAUCUUCUCCUUCUGGCAACGGUUUCUCUCAGUCUCCUUGCUUGCCCACUUCACAACUAUUCUUAAAUCGUCCAAAAGGCCUUGUCCACUAUGCAAACCAGAAUUUGGCCUCUUUUGCAAGUGAGUUUCCCGUACAGUAUGAUUCCCUUAUAGCCUCGCAGUUCAGGAGAGGAAUAGGGGAACCUUGUAAGUUUCUGUCCAGCGACAUUGCCGGUAUUGAUGCUACCGAAAAUGGCAAUUUCUCUGCAUCCGUGAAGAAACAGGGUCUAAAAGUUGGAAAUGAUGAGGAGCAGCAGCAGCAAAUUCUUUUUUACAGUCCGAGGGGAAGGAAGAAUCACGAAAGGGAAGAACUAUGCGAAAGGGAAGGGAGGAUCACCAAACAAUCGGCGGCUUCAAUGGAAGAGGCCGAACUCUGGGAGAUGUUCGAUGAAAUUUUGCUCUCUGAAGAGGAGCCGGAGCACUUCACAAGUACCGUCAGUAAAAGGUCGAAUGCAGCAGUCAGAAACUCGUCUCCGUGUGCACAAACGCGCGGUUCUAGCAGUCGCGGUCACAAGAAUCACGCUAAAAAUGGUAAGAACAAUGACGGCAUGGUGGAUUUGAGGAAUCUCCUCAUUCUUUGUGCUCAAGCCAUCUCUACCGGCGACAGCAGGAACGCUGGCGACCUACUAAAGCAGAUCAGGCUUCACUCCUCUCCUAUUGGCGAUGCCUGUCAAAGAUCGGCCCACUUCUUUGCAAACGGUCUUGAUGCGCGCUUGGCCGGAAUCGCAGUUCAAAAUACCUUCACAAAUUUGACUCUGAAGAGAACGCCGAUCAGUGAGCUCCUCAUACCGCACCAAACUCAUUAUAAGGCCUUCCCCUUCACCAGGAUUGCGAUUUCUUUCGCGGAUAAUAUGAUUUUAAAAGUAGCCGAGACAGCAAAGCCGCUGCAUGUCAUAGACUUUGGGAUGUUGUUGGGUUGCCAGUGGCCACUCCUUAUUCAGCUACUAUCGAGGAAGCCCGGCGGGCCCCCGAAGCUUCGCCUCACAGGCAUAGAGCUUCCUCAACAUGGUUUCAAACCUGAAGAGAGAAUUGUUGAAGCAGGUCGUCAUUUGGCCAAGUACUGCGAGCGGUUUGGCGUUCCAUUCGAGUUUAAUGCAAUAGUUUCGCAGCAUUGGGAAACUAUCAAGAUCGAGGAAUUGAAAAUCCGUAGAAAUGAGGUUCUCGCAGUAAACUGUCGUUACCGGUUCGAGAAUUUACUUGAUGAGACCGCCGUUGAGAACAAUCCUAGGGAUGCCGUCCUGAAACUAAUAAGGGAGAUGAGACCAGACACAUUUGUGCUGUCUGUUGUCAAUGGAACUUUCAACUCUCCUUUCUUCGUCCCACGGUUUCGACAAGCGCUCUUCCACUUCUCCGCACUGUUCGAUAUUUUCGACUGCAAUAUUCCCCGUGACGACAUCGACAGAAUUAAUAUUGAGAGGGAAUAUUAUGGGCGACAAGUCAUGAACGUCGUGGCGAGCGAAGGCAAGGAGAGAGUGGAGAGGCCCGAAACGUACAAGCAGUGGCACAAGCGGGUCUCGCAGGCCGGGUUCAAGCAGCGUCCCUUGGACAAAGCAUUGAUGAAGAUAUACAUGGAGAAAGUAAAGGCAGCGUGCCAAAAGGAUUUGAUGCUUGUCGAAGACGGCCACUGGAUGCUGCAUGGUUGGAAAGGAAGGAUACUUCAAGCAUCGUCUAGUUGGGAAACUGCUUAAAGUUCCGAUGGUGAAGCCACACGAACCAUUACAAGAGUCUCUUUAGCGUGCCUUGCAGAUCUGCCGGGCUCGGUAAGUCGUCAGUUGGACCGCCGGUAGGCAAACCGAUUGAAAGUGUUAGUUAAGUGUUUAGAUUGUACCUGCGAUCAUGUAUUUUAGAGUUCUAAGUAUGGUGAGAUGACAAGAGGGAUUGUCGUUCAUAUUCAAUAACUUCCUAUCCUAAUGCCAUUCAUCUUGCUAUUGAUUAUUUCAGACAAAAUUCAGGAGAAAAUGCUCGUGGGCAAGAGUUAAAUGUCAUCAAGUACCAUGGAUGCUGCAUGUAGAUACUUGUAGUUUAUGUCGGCCCUUUUCCGCUACAUC